GAGAUAGAACCAAGUAUGAGUUAAUUGAAUUGAGUUUAGGUAUUAUGUUCAAUGAAAGAAUCAAAUAUGAAGUAUUUAUGUUAAAUUUGGAUUAAGGUAAAGAACAAAAUAAAACGAACAUCAUGGCGUACCGCAAGCCACAUACCAUGGAUGAAUUUGCCAAAAUUUGUAUCAAAGGUGAUACUAAAUUACGGCAAACAGUUGGUACCGAUUUAGUGGCAUAUCUAGCAGAUGAUGAUAAUCCAAUUGAGUGUGAAGAUAUUGGAGCAUUCAUUGAUGCUUUGGUACAAUGGACGCAAGGAAGUAAUUAUAAAGUAGCACAAAAUGCAUUAGAAGCACUCACAUACAUAUGUGAUCGAUUAAAACAUGAUUUUUGGCCAUAUGUGAGUCCCGUAUUACCGCAUGCCAUUGAUCGACUGGGUGAUCAAAAGGAUUGUGUACGUGAACGAGCCCAACUCUUCAUUUUAAAAUUGUUACAAGAACGUGUUUUACAACCACAACAGUUAUGUGAUAAACUUAUUGAAUGUUUCACACAUAAAAAUGCUAAAGUGCGUGAAGAGGUUUUACUAUGUUUUAUCAAUAUUUUAAAUGAACAUGGACCUACAAAUAUACAAGUAAAUAAAUUAACACCGGGUAUAUCAAAACUUUUAAGUGAUCCAAUACCAGCUGUACGUGAUACAGCGUUAAACACAUUUGUGGAGAUUUAUAAACAUGUGGGAGAUCGUUUAAGUCAAGAUUUACAAAAGAAAAAUAUUAUACCAUCAACGAAGCUAAAAAUUUUAUUACAACGAUUUCAAGAUAUUAAAGAUUCUGAUCAAUUAUUACCAACUGCAUUUAUAGCUGGUGGACACGAUUAUGGUACAGGACCUGAUGAUGUUGAUCAUGCCAUACCAAAACCAACAAAGCCAGUAAAACGUACAAUAAGUGCUCCAAGUACUCAUCGUUUAGCUGCUGGUGGCAGUGGAAGUAAUGUUUUAAACAGUGCUAACACAAUGAAUCAAAUAACACCAUCAAGUGGAUCGUCUUCAUCACAACAAGCUGGUGCUAUUGAUGAAGAAUCAUUUUUAAAUUCUAUGGAAGAUGUGCCAACAAUAGCAGUGAUCUCAUCCAAAGAUGUUAAUGAAAAAGCGUUAAAAGAUUUGGGUGCAAUUAUUGGUGAUAAAAAUAUGCAAUGGACGAAACGAAUUGACGGUCUAAAAAGAAUUCGUUCAUUAUUGAUGUGCGGUGCAGCAUCAUACGAUGAUUUCCAUUUAUAUUUACGCUCAUUAGGCCCACCACUCUCACUCGCCGCUACCGAUGGUCGUUCACAAGUUGUGCGUGAGAGUUGUGUAACGAUAGCAUAUAUGGCUAAAGAAUUGGGCAAUAAAUAUGAGAAAGUCGCUUUAGUAUUGUUACCAAAUUUAAUAAAUUUAAUACAGAAUAGUGCAAAAGUGAUAGCGACUGCCGGACAAUUAUGCUUAAAACAAAUCUUUCUAUAUUCACAAUGUCCAUCAUUUAUACCAAUUAUUGCAUCACAUGCACGUGAAUCGAAAUCACGUGAGAUACGACGAGCGUGUUGUGAUUUUAUAGGACAAAUUAUACGACAAUGGCCACCAACAACAGCGUUACGUAAACAGAUACCAACGAUUAGUGAUACGAUCAAAGAUGGUAUUGCUGAUGCGGAUAACGAAGCAAGAUUAAUAUCGAGAAAAUCAUUCUGGUCAUUUAAUGAAGUAUAUCCAGAAGCCGCUAAUAUUCUCUUAAAAAACCUCGAACCUACAUAUAAACGUAUUCUAUUAUCAACACCAGGUGCUGGUGAUCAUAUGUCAUCGUCAUCAAGCUCAUCCAGUUUAAAUCAAAUACCAACACAUCAAUCAUCUGCAACCUCAACAGGUGGCGGUGGUGGUUAUCAUUUACCAACUCGUAGUGGAACCACAUCAGGAGAUCAAACGCCACGCGGCGCUGGUAUGCGCAGUUAUACAGCUAUUGAUCUGCAGGCCGCUCAACGUGCUAAAGCCCGAACGCAAUACGCCGCUAUGGCGCGUCAAAAAAUAGCAUCUGGCACGGCCUCAUUGCAAGGCGAUCUAUCAUUCGAAGCACGACCAAAGAAAACAACAGCUACCAAAAAUGCUGCAGUGCCUUCUUCCACAACAAAAGAACGAUCGGGUCGAACACGAAGUCGACCACUUGGCGGUUCAAUAUCACAACCAACAAGCAGAUCCGUGUCACCUAGCUUGCGAAAUAAUUAUUUAUCACAUGGUGGACGAUUUCUACCACAAGAUAAUGAUACAUCAACACCAAGUCGACCUAGAAAGUUAUCAUCGUCACGUAUACCACGUUCUACAAGUGUGUCACGUGACCAUUCGAGAGAAACAAGUCCAACGCGUGGUAAUUUAUCAUCACGUCAUAUGGGUGGCUAUUCAAGUUUGUCAUUUCGAGGUUCAUCUGGUCCGGGUAGUUUACGGUGUACACCAAAUCGUGAUCAUAGACCACCGAUUAGUCCACAUCGACCUCCAGUUAUGGCACAGAAAAUAUUACAACAGAGUCGUGAAGCUGAGACAGCAUUAGCUGCAGCACUACAAACAGAUCCAUCUUUAGAAUACGAUUUCUUAAAAUCAUAUUCUGGUAGAAAAUUAAAUCGUUCAUUGGAUAAUCCAUCAGACGAUAGUGAAGCUUCUUCGGUGUGCUCAGAACGUUCUUAUGAUUCGUACCGACGACCAAGUGAUGUAAGUAUGACCAUUUCUCCUAAUCUUAAAGACAUUUACGAUUUAAUUCAGAGAAAACGUGCGACGCAUACUCAUCGAAUCGACAAUCGACGGAUAUUAUUUUUCAAUGACAAUGAAACGAAAUAUUCUCUAAUCGGACGAAAAUACCCUAGUGCAGAAUGGACUCACUCUAACGGAAGAGUAGAAGUGAAAAAUGAUUUUAUUACUGACCAAAAAAAUAUUGGAGGCUAUUUUAGUAAUUGUUAUACACGUCGUCAAAGUGCUAGCGAAAAUGAAUUAUCUUUUUUAGAUGAUAGUUAUUCAUUAAGUGGUUCAAGAACACGAUUAACUAGAGAUCAUUGGGAUCCUAUUCAAAAGGAUAUAAAUGAAAUUAUAAAAUUAUGUGCAAGUGCAACAUGGACAGAACGUAAAGAAGGUUUAAUUGGUUUAUGUCAGUACUUUAGUGAUGGUAAAAUAUUAACAAGUUCACAGUUAAAGAAAGUUACUGAAAUUUUUCCAAAAAUGUUUAUGGAUCAAAAUACAAAAGUGGUGUCAUUGUUUUUGGAUACUUUAAAUGAAUUACUAUUAGCACAUCAUAAUGAAUUACAUGAUUGGUUGUACAUGUUAUUACAACGGAUCUUUAAUAAAUUAGGUAGUGAAUUAUUACAAUCAAUAUACAAAAAAAUUGAACGUACAUUAGACGUAAUACGUGAAAAUUAUCCAAUUGAUUUACAAAUGAAUUCAAUAUUUCGUUAUUUAACCGAUCAUACACAACGACCUAAUUCGAAAGUAAAAAUCACCAUAUUAGUCUACAUUAUCAGACUAUGUGAUAUAUCAAAUUCGAUCAUUUUCGAUAACAAAACAUUAAUAUCACAAGGUAUCGAUAAAAUUAUCACAUAUACCGAAGAUAAAAAAUCAUUUGAAGUACAAAAUGUUGCACGGAAUUGUUUAAUUGCAUUAUUAAAUUGCAAUACGGCACAAUUUAUGAUGUUAUUAUCAACGUUAUCACGUGAUCAACAAGAUAUUGCAGGGAAUAUAAUACAAAGUUUACGUAAUAAAUCGGCUACAAGUGGAUCAUCAUCACCAAUUAAAUCACCAACAUUAAUACAACGUGGUUCAGAUAUGGAUCUUAGUACAGGACGAAUACGUAGUGGAAGUACUGGUGGAUUUACUAGUCGUGAAGAUAUACAUAGAAGUUUACGUAAUACCACAGCGGAAAUACAAAAUUAUAGUUUUGAUUCGGCAGAUAUAUCACAUAUUGAACGUUGUAAUACCCAAGAUUCAGGCAUAUCACAAAUGUCAACAGGCGGUGGACCAACACGUAACAAUAAUGGACACAUGCAUGGUGCGAACAGUAACAGUACAACAGGUACAUUAUGUUCACCCAUUGAUGACAUCACAGAUGGUUUACGAGACGUUACACUUUAUUCAAAUGAUACAAACACAAAUACAAAUGGUGGACCUAUGAGUUUACCAGCAACGACAACAAGUACAACAGGACCUAACGAUAUGAUUGUUACAAUUAAUGGGUCAUCAAAUGUUGAAGAAGAACUAUUUGUUAAGAAAAUUGUAUCUGGUGAAAUUAGUGAGGAUAAACUUGUUGAGGCUUUUAAUCAUUUAACGGCAAUUAUUAAAUCGGGGCCACCACCAUGUAUUGUUGAUAAUGUCACAUUUAGAAUGUUAUUAAAAACGUUAUUACAUUAUUUAUCACAAAAAGAUAAAGAACAAAUUCAGUGUGCGGUGUUAGAAGUACUAGCUGAAAUAUUUAAAUCUGAUCAAUUGCAACAAAAUUAUUUAGGUUAUGUGGAAUUAAUUACUCUACGAAUAUUAAAAGUGCAUGAUACAUCAAAUAUGGAGGUAAUAAGACAUGCAGAACAAACUGCUGCAGCUAUGACCAAAUUCCCAUUAUCAACAGUUGUACAAGUGAUAAAUCCAGUGAUAACAACAUCAGAAAAUUGUCCAAGUAUUAUUGAAGGUUGUUUAAAAAUGUUAACAAAAAUGGUUGAAGCAAAUGGUGCCACACAAUUAAAUAAUGAACUUCUUAACCUUAUUGUGCCUAAUGUUAUUAAAGCAUAUGAUCAUAACGAAAGUCCGGUACGUAAAUGUGCCGUAUUUUGUUUAGUUGUAAUACACAGAGCUGCAGGCGAGGAAAUAAUGAAACCACAUUUAAGUAAAUUAAAUUGUGUUAAAUUAAAAUUAUUAGAUUUAUAUAUACAACGUGCAAAGAGUAAUAGUUCUGUUCCAACAUCACCUAAAAAUAAUAAUAAUACAACAAAGACUACAUCAUCAUCGUCUGCAAAUGCUACCACUACUACCACUUCAUCGACCACAUCUACGAUUGUAUCAACAUCUUAGAACUAACUAACUAAUAUAUGAUUCGAAUGUUCUAAGUAACUAAGUCAUCAAAACAAAUAUUUAUUUUAUAUAUAUCAUUAAUUAUGUUGUGAUGUGUCAUUGAUUACUACAGUUUUACUACAGACUAGACUUAACGUUCUUAAUUUUAUUUUUAUUCAUUUUUUUUAAAUUUUACUUUUGUAUGUACUAUUUUAAUGUUUGUUAGCUGCAUUUUAUAUCUCAAAAAGUCUAUGAUACGAAUAGACAAGGUAUCCGUUUGCGUUUAUCAAUCUACGCAAUACACAACAUCAAACAAAUAUGUCAUUAACUUAUAAUUUGUAAUAAGAUUCGCCAUUUGUGUACUAGUCAGUUGUAUUUUAAUUGUGCUACAAUUUUAGAUGAUAACAUCUAAUACUACAAAAUGGCGUACUGGUAGUAAUUUAAGAUUUUUAUGAUAAUGAAUAUCCCUACCCUACAAUUUUCGAUGUCUCAUGAGCCUUCAUUGAACUACGAUUACAUGACUGAAUUUAAAUUUGUAUAAUGAACAAAUUCAAAUAUGACGUCGAAUAAAAACAGAACGUCAAGGAAAAUGCAAAAUCGAGUUAAUGAGUUUUUGAUUUAACAAGUAGUUCGAGAUUCAGAUAAUUUAAUUGCUAAUAUUUUGACUUAGAAAAGCACGAUUAUAUUUUACUAUAUAGGAUCUUGCUCUCUAGGUCUGCUUUUUAAAAUUCGAGUUAUUGAGUACGUUCUUAAAAAAAAAUUACAUUUUGUUCGAGUUACAAGUCUAAAUUAUUUGAGAUACCGCGUAUUUAGGGGCUCAACGGAAGGAAUAGGAUUACUGUAUAAUUAUACGCAUUAACAUACCUUAUCUCUUUGUAUCAUGAUCAAUGCGUUCAAAUCAAAAUGGUUGUGAUCGAACUCUGAAAAGAGAUCUUAUGAGUGAUAAUACAAUAUUUAUAAUUAACGUUUAACUGAAUGGAGUUGGAGUAUAUGAACUGACAUACCCCCAAUGCUUUGGAGUAAGCCUGACUUGAAAUAUCCAAUACUUCUUGGAUUAGAGUUUCUUCUAAAAUUGCAUUUGUCAGCUCUUUUAUGAUCAGAUUUUCUUGACAGCUGCCUUCUUUUGCUUUUUAGAUGUACAAUACGUCUGUGUUAGUAAACUCUGCUUUAAGGAAAUUGAAUCCUUACCAUAAGAACGAUGCUGUCCUUCUUUUUUGCUAUAUUCUACAGACAUGGUAGUUUAAUUAAGAACUGUUUGUCUUUUUAAAUAUUACCGAUCGAUUGAGAAAUUCCAAGAUAUCCAGAGGAAGGAAUGGAAAUUCUGAAUUGUUGAAUCGAUUAUUGAUUUAGUAAGAAAAUUUGUAUGAGAAGGCGCGUAAAGAUUUCUGAUGUUGUUUUCAAAAUGUGGAUGUCAUAAUUUAUUGAAAAGUCUAGUCUAAACGAUUUUAAAUGGUAAAUAAUUAAAUUUUGUGAAUAUUUUUGAUGUUUAAAUAUUAAUUCAAUUGAGUACUGAAAAUUUAAGCAGAAAAAAUACAAUUUUCCAAUAAAAUUGCACUAGAUUAUUACUCCCGGUAAUACGUAAAUUAAGAAAAACAAAAUGGCUGUUCAUAUAUAAUUACACAUCACUCCGCAUUAAAGCAUUUGUUCUUUGCUUUCUUAUAUUCCAAGGUUCCUCUUAAAAUGAUUAACAUAAUUAAUUUUAGCCUAUGCUGCAUGGAUCAUUUUAAAAAGGGGCCUUGCGACAAAAAAAGGAAAGUAAAUAACGGUGCUAAAAGUUUAAAAAUAAAGAAGAAUGUAAUUUUUUUGUAUAUUUAAGUAUAAAUAUUAAAAAAAAAAGCCAUUUUAUGUAUAUUUAGCUAGCUAGCUAUUAAUAUCGAGUAGUUGCACACACAUAUAUAAAAUAUAAUAAAAAAUAGCUAAUAAUUACCAAUGGCGAGUGUUCACUUCUGAUUAAUAGCUUUAAUAUAAAUUUUCGAUACUCGGCUUAUUUGUUGAAAAAAACGAAGAAAUGCCUACUGGUUAAAGUUUCGGCCCUUUAUCUCAUUUUUUUUACUGUAUCUUGAUUAAUAUUGCAGAAAAGUUUAAGUUACUUUAAGCUGUGAACAACCAAAGAUCGAUCGAUAUGAUUUCAUCCUUCCCUUUCA